AUGCCCUCCCCCCCCAUCACAUCACUCGCCUCUCCCGACUCCAAGGAUUCUGUUGCAGCCAUCCGCCGAGACUCAGUAGCCUCUCCCCCUCCCAACAUUCGUCCUGACUCGGCCACGUCCACCAAGAUCAGCAGUGCCAAAGCCAACAUGGCUUCUGACUUCCAGCCUCUUGUCGCCCAGUCAGGGCUAACAGAAGUGAGCUCCACCAAGAGCCAAGUCGUCAACAUCAACACCUCAAACAACCUCUUACAACCCCUCGACGAGGAGCCCAACACACCCAGCUCUACAAUCGUCGAGUUCGGCGACCUCGCUCAUGGCUAUGUCCCUCCAGCCGCUGAGCUGGUUGAAUCCAUCCACUGGUCGUAUGUCCAACGCCACUUCGAAUCCCGGUUGCGCAGCAAGCAUCAAGAGAAGCAGCCUUCUUCUUCUUCUUCUCCUCCUCCUCAUAAUGACAAUGAAUCACCGCGAACCGAUCAAAACAGAUCAGAGCCAGAGAGCGAGCUUGUGCAGGUGAUUCGAAACUUGUACCAGCGCAUUGCUGUACUGCAGCACACGGAGAAGGAGUUGCUUGCCGAAAACCAGGAGCUCUCCCGCAAGUACAUAGCACUGAAGCAGCAUCAUGACCGACGGGCGAGGCAAUGGAAUGAGGCGCUCCGUCGAAAGGAAACAAAGUAUGAAGCGCGCAUCGCUGAUCUAGGACAGCAGCUGCUUGACCUGGCCGCUACAUAUCCCGGAAAGCUGCCCAACAUCCUCUCCAACGAGGAGAUCCUGAGCUGGUUCGACGAGCAAGACUUCUUGUGGUUUGCCUUGGCGCGUGCCUUCGCCCACGAUGACCCCGACCGACUGCGCAAGCUGUACCCAGCCCAACUAGACGAGCUCGUGAGCGAAGUGAAGGAGUUUGUCCGGCUCACCGAGGACGAAGGACUCCCUCCUGAGCUUCUGAACGGCGGCAAGGAGGUCAACAACACGGCUUCGGCGCUGGGCCUGCCAAUGAGUGCCGAUAUGGAUAGAUUGCCCGCCGCACACAUUGACACCCGCCUUAACUACGCCCGCAAACUCAAAGACCGCUUCCUGAGCUCCUCUGCGCGCUACCUCCUCCGCGACCAGGACGCCUCGGGCAUCGAGCUCCUCGAGCACAUGCUCAUUGAGAUGCUGGACUCCGCGCUACGUUUCUCGUGUCGCUUGUGGACCCGCGUGGUGCCCCACAGGGUGUGCGGUAUGCGCGAGCUCUCCAGGAGGGACUGGCGUCUGGAAAAUCCUGUGAGUGUGCUGUUUCAUGCGCAAUCGAGUGAGGUGGGCUGUCCGGCGAGUCAUCUCCAUGAGGGGUGUAGGGAUAAAAUGUGGGAGGGGUAUUUGGCUUCUCUUGUUGCUGGGGUCGCGCAGCAGCAGCAGAAGAGUGCUGGUAGUAGCAGUGAGAAGUCGCCGGCUGUGGUGAUUAUUCAGCCAGCGAUUGUGGCGGGGGUGUUGGAGGAGGGUUUGUUGGGGCCUCUUAUUACUGCAGAGGAUGCAGGUGGAAGGCCGAAUGCCAGGGAUGAUGCAAAGGCCCGCGUCCCGGUGGUGUGGUUGAGGGGAAGAGUUAUUGUUUCUGGGUUUGGGGCGCAAGGUUCGUGA